CAUCUGUCACGUGACUUUAUGACGUGUUCACACACUUUCACUAUCAGAAGAAUCUUUCUUUUUCCCCGUUAAAUUCAUUCCUUCACUCGGCGGCCCACCUUUUUCCUUUCUCCGUUGGCCGUCCGACGGAAUCUCUCUUAAAACCCUAAAUUAUGUAAACUAACUACCCUAAAUUUUCCCUUCAAAUUUCAAUAUAUCCCUAAAUUAAUUCCAUUUUCCCAUGGAUUUCGUGGAACUGGAGGCAAUUGAAGGUCUCCGGUGGUCAUGGAAUUCAUGGCCAAUUUCAAAAUCCGAAUCCUCAGCCCUAAUUAUCCCUUUAUCAAUUAUGUGCAAUCCGUUAAUGCAAUUUAACGAACUCCCUAUACUUAAUUACGAUCCCGUUACUUGCUCUCAAUGCGGCGCCGUUUUAAACCCUUACGCCCGUGUUGAUUACGCUUCGCGAAUCUGGAAUUGCCCGUUUUGUUACCGGAAAAACCCGUUCCCGAGAUCGUAUCUCGGAAUUAACGAAAAUAAUGUGCCAGCUGAGCUUUUUCCGACGUAUAGUACUGUUGAAUAUCAUUUGGGUAAAAAGGGUUUGACCCAAAACCCGAAUUCGAGCUCUAAUUUUGGGAAUGUGUCGAUGUUAUCGAAAAUGCCUUCAUUUUCGGGCUUGGAUUGGGCGGGUUAUGGGCUUGGCCCGGCAUUUGUGUUUGUUGUGGAUGCUUGUACUUGUGAUGAGGAGCUUAGGGUGGUGAAAAAUGAGCUACUUCAUGUAAUUGCUCAAUUGCCUGAAACUGCAUUGGUUGGGUUGGUGGUUUUUGAUUCAAUGGUUAGAGUUCAUGAUCUCGGCUUUGGAGAGUGCUGUAGGGUUGUGAUGUUUCACGGUGAGCGUGAGCUUUCUUCGGAGCAGACCAAGCAACUCCUGGGUAUUCAUCAUGUGAAGUACCAAGCAGGAAAAGUACCUAUGGCUCCAAAACAGGGAUUCCUAAUACCACUAUCAGAAGGGGAGUUCAGCAUCACAUCAGCCAUUGAAGAUAUCCAAUCAUCAGCGCAGGUUAUGCAAGGGCAUAGACCUUUUCGGGCUACUGGAGUAGCAGUAUCAGUUGCUGUUGGACUAUUAGAAGGAUGCUUGGUCUCUGCAGGUUCGCGUAUCAUGCUCUUCACCUCAGGGCCAGCAACAAUUGGCCCAGGGAUGAUCGUAAGCUCUGAUCUUGGUAAUGCCAUGAGGAAUCAUCGAGACAUUGGUAAUAGUUAUGCUGCUUACUACAAGAAGUCCAGUGAAUUCUAUAAGCAAAUAUCAAGAAGAUUGUCUAAUUCAUCCAUUGCACUUGAUCUCUUUGCUUGUUCAUUGGAUCAAAUUGGAGCAGCUGAGCUUAGAGCUCCAGUUGAAAGCUCAGGGGGAUUCAUGAUGUUAACAGAGUCAUUUGACUCGGACCAGUUCAGAAAGUGUUUACGUCACAUAUUUAGCCAUGACGAGGCUGGUAAUUUGAAAAUGUGCCUUGAUGCAACUAUAGAGAUAGUAACAACAAAGGAUGUUAAAAUUUGUGGGGCCCUUGGUCCAUGUGUUUCUCUUCAGAAGAAGAAUGGUUCUGUCAGUGACAAGGAAAUUGGCGAGGGAGGUACCUAUACAUGGAAAUUGGGGGCACUUACUAACAAGACGUGCAUUGCCUUCUUUUUUGAAGUAGGGGAUGAACAGAAAGCCCAGCCUAGCUCUGCAUUUUUCAUACAGUUCAUAACGCACUAUAGAUAUGGAAGCACAGGAAUUCGGAAGAGGGUGACCACUGCUGCAAGAAGGUGGGUUGGGAACCACUCUCCGGAAAUUGCUGCUGGCUUUGAUCAAGAAGCAGCAGCUUCAGUGAUGGCUAGGCUUGCCAUUCAUAGAGCAGAGAGCAAUUUUUCUAAAGAUGUUGUGCGGUGGCUAGAUAAAUGUUUGAUACGUUUUGCUUCAAAGUUUGGGGAUUAUAUCCAGGAAGACACCUCAUCGUUUCGUCUUGCGACUAAUUUAUCUCUUUUCCCACAGUUCAUGUAUUAUUUAAGGAGGUCUCAGUUUAUUGAUGUCUUCAACAGCACUCCAGACGAGACUGCUUUUUUCCGUCUGUUGUUGAACCGUGAGGGGGUAGUUGGCUCACUUAUUAUGGUCCAGCCAACCCUUUUCCAGUAUUCAUUCGAGGGUCCCCCUAUUCCAGUUCUUUUGGACAUCUGCUCCGUCUCUCCGGAUGUUAUCUUGCUCUUUGACUCCUACUUCUAUGUGGUUAUUCAUUAUGGCUCUAAGAUUGUACAAUGGCGUAAACUUGGCUAUGAGAAGGAUCCAAGCCACGACAGUUUCCGCAAACUGUUAGAAGCUCCAGAGAUUGAUGCAGAGCAACUGGUAUCGGAGAGGAUUCCUGUGCCAAAGCUUAUAAAGUGUGAUCAGCAUAGUAGUCAGGCGAGGUUUCUCCUUGCCAAGUUGAAUCCAUCAGUUACACACAACUCAACAUACACAGAAGGCAAAGAGCUUAUAUUUACGGAAGAACUGAGCCUACAAGUUUUUAUUGAGCACUUGCAAGCUUUAGCAGUGCAGGGUUGAUUUUGAGUGUUGUAUAGAGAGAGUUAGUUGUUCUAGUAGUUAUACAGAAGCAUUGUUGUACAUUAGAAGUUAGAACCAAGCUAAAAUGUAUCUUCGGCAUUUUGAUGUUUUUUUUUCUUUUGGUGAAAAGAAAAGUAGCAUUUCCCACUGCCUUGCGUA